AUGAAGACCAUCUAUACAGCUAUCCCGUUAGCCCUCGUGGCCGCAGUUGCUCAAGCGGAUCUUCAGGGGGUGUCCGGCAUUAACGGAGGAGAAAUUGGACAUGGUCCUGGCAUCCAUGACUUCAUGGGCGAUAACAGCAAGAAAGGCGACUUUCUGGGAGAUACUCAUGAUCAUGAUUUCUUUGGUGAUGGAUUCAACGCUCAUGAGCAGGAACCUGAUACACGAGCAACACCGGACUAUUUUACUCCUGCAGCUCCCGACACUGGCAGUGACGAUGGACCAAACAACAUCUACCAUCAGAAAGGCCCUGAAAUUGAAACCGGGGACAACGAGAUUGACGGUGGGGUCAACAACGACAACAUCGUGAUCGCCCCAGUCAACAGCAUCCAGUACCCUUCUGAGGAGGAUGACCUCAAUUCCCCUCCAGGACCCGCUUACGAAAGACCACCGCCUCAACAGCAUGAACCCGAGCAACUCCCUCCGGGACAACACUCUGAGCCCCAGCACGAGGCUCCUCCACCAGGUGCGGAACCGUCAGCAGAAGCACCGGCGCCUGCCCCCGAGUAUCAUGCACCUCCUGCUCCCCAGCCUGCCACCCCGCCUGCUGCACCUCCUGCACCAGCCCGGCCACAGCCAGAGUAUACGCCAGAGCCUGCUCCCCAGCCUGAAACUUAUGCCGCUUCACCACCACCGCCUGCCGCCCUGCCUGUUGAACCUCCUGCACCAGCCCGGCCACAGCCGGAGUAUACGCCAGAGCCUGCUCCCCAGCCUGAAACUUAUGCCGCUUCACCACCACCACCUGCUGCCCCGCCUGCUGGACCUCCCGCACCAGCCCGGCCACAGCCGGAGUAUGCCCCCGUGCCUGCUCCCCAGCAUGUCACCCCGCCUGCUGGACCUCCCGCACCAGCCCGGCCACAGCCGGAGUAUGCCCCCGUGCCUGCUCCCCAACCUGCCACCCCGCCUGCUGCACCCCCUGCACCAGCCCGGCCACAGCCGGAGUAUGCCCCCGUGCCUGCUCCCCAGCAUGUCACCCCGCCUGCUGCACCUCCCGCACCAGCUCGGCCACAGCCGGAGUAUUCCCCGGAGCCUGCUCCCCAGUCUGAAACUUAUGCCGCUCCACCACCACCGCCUGCCACGCCUUCUCAUACGAGCCCCGAAUACCAACCAGCACAGGAGAAGCCCCAGCCAGUCCAAGAACCAGCUCACGAAACAUCUUAUGGCAAAGAACCCCACCAGCCAGCAGGCCAAGGCGAGAAGGAGCCUCCAUGCCCCGAGCACUCUGAGCAUUCCGCCCCCCCCAGUGAGAAGCCAGGGGAUGCCAACGUUUAUCAGCCAGCACCAGCCGAAGAACACAAGACCCAGCCCGAGCCUGCCGUCUACCAUCCAGCCUCCCACGCUCCCACACCUACACCUUCACAACAGCAGGAUGCUCAUCAAUCCUAUCAAUACGGUGGAAGCGCUCCUGCUGCCACACCCGCUCCGACUCAAGAGUACGGAGUUCACAAAGCCCAUUCUAGUUCAUCUGCCAAGCUCUACCAGUCAUCCACCUUCCCUCAUAUUUCCUACCGAAUUCAACAGCACUCCUCCAUAGUUGCGAAGCCUUCUCAUGCGGAGAGCAGUAUGAAGACCGUUACUCAUGCUACUCCUGCCCCUCCAACUUCGGCCUCUCAUCCUAGCGAGACUGGUGCUCCUCCCUUCACAGGCGGCACGGGGCGUUCUGCUGUACCCCAAGGCUUUGUGAUGGCAGUCGUCGGUGCACUCGGCUUCAUUCUGUGA